AUGGUCGGCAAUUAUGCGGGGCUGCCGCUAAUGGACUGGUCGCAGUACGAUACGUUCCAUGGGGACUUCGAGAAGUGCUCGCUAUUCAUAGUCGUGUUUGGGCACCUCGGCUUCUACUUGCUCAUGUUCUUCGGCUUCAUCAACGAGCUACUGUUCACACCCAAAGUCGCCACCGAGCGAAACCGAGAGGGUUACGCGCCACUUUACAACUCAUUCGAGCAAUUAUUCUUGCGCUACGUGUACCGGCGUGUGCGGCACUGCUUCAACCGGCCCAUUUGCUCCACGCCUGCAGCCGAAGUCACUGUCAAGGAGCGCUACACUGAUGACUACAAUUGGACAUUUAAGUUUACGGGCACAGAGCGGCGCUGCAUCAACCUGGGCUCGUACAACUACCUGGGCUUCGCGGAGCCGGCGGGUCCAUGCGCGGAUGCUGCAGCCGAGGCGGCGCGACGCUAUGGACUCGCGCUGGCGUCUUCGAGGGCAGAACUUGGCUCCUGCGCUCUGCACAAGGAACUGGAGGAAACUACCGCACGUUUCCUUGGCGUCGAGGCAGCGAUAGUGUUCGGCAUGGGGUUCGCGACGAACUCGCUGGGGCUGCCGGGGCUGCUGGGGCCGGGCACGCUGGCGUUGAGCGACGAGAACAACCACGUAUCGCUGAUCCUCGGGCUGCGACUGGCGCGCGCAGCUGUACGUGUGUUCCGCCACAAUGAUCUGGUACACCUCGAGCAACUUGCACGCGCCGCCAUUGCCGAGCGCCGCUGGACCAAGAUCGUCAUUGUUUUAGAGGGUGUGUACAGCAUGGAGGGCUCCAUAGUGCCACUGCAGGGCGUGGUGGCACUAAAGAAGCGGCUGGGCCUGCAGCUGUACCUGGACGAGGCCCACUCGGUGGGCGCACUGGGAGCUCAUGCGCGUGGUGUUACCGACCACUGUGGAGUCGACCCCAACGACGUCGACGUGCUCAUGGGCACCUUCACCAAGAGCUUCGGCGCUGCCGGCGGUUACAUUGCUGGUUCAGCGAAGCUGAUCAGGUGGAUCCGCGCUCACGGACAUGCGCACACGUACGCGCAUGCAAUGUCGCCACCAAUGGCCGCGCAGGUGCUCGCCGCCAUGCGCGCGCUGUGUACGCCGCACGGCCUGCUUCGCGUGCGCAAGCUACGCGACAACACGCACUACUUCCGCCGCAGGCUGCGCGAGAUGGGCGUGGUGACAUACGGGCACAGAGAUUCGCCGGUGGUCCCGAUGAUGGUGUACGCGAUGAGCAACGUAUCAGCUACCGUGGAGCGGCUCACGGCGCGCGGGAUUGCCGUUGUCGGCGUCGGUUUCCCUGCCACACCGCUCUUCAAGAGUCGCUUACGGUUCUGCAUGUCAGCGGCGCACAAUCGUGAGCAGCUGGACACAUGCCUCGCCGCAAUACAAGAGGUCGUCGAGGAGCUUGGCCUGCAGUAUUCGCGGCACCGCUAG